GCGGGGCUGUCCGGAACAUCCGGCUGUAGCUUCUCAACAUAAACAGCAAUGGCGGAGGCAGCGGCAGCGUCUACGGCGGCUUCAGCAGGAACAGGAGGCUGGACCAAACACGUAACCUGCAGGUAUUUCAUGCAUGGUCUCUGCAAAGAAGGUGACAACUGUCGAUACUCUCAUGACCUGACCAGCAGCAAACCUGCAGCCAUGACGUGCAAGUUCUUUCAGAAGGGAAACUGUGUGUUUGGAGACCGCUGCAGGUUCGAACACUGUAAAUCAGCAAAGAACGAGGAGCUGCCAACCUCUCCCAUGCUGCCUCUGCCCUCCGCCUCGCUGGCCGGCCCCUCAGACCCUGAACCCAGUGGGCCAGCGCCUGGGUCAGGUGUACAAGACUGGGUCAAUGCUGCUGAGUUUGUUCCAGGACAGCCGUAUUGUGGGCGAGCUGAGCCGGUGAAGGUGGAGAGCUCCCUCCCACUCAUUGAGGAGUUUGACAGCGAUGCAGCGCUGGACAACAAAGAGUUGAGGAAGCAGCUCUGUCCAUAUGCUGCUGUUGGAGAGUGCCGCUACGGAAUCAACUGCGCCUAUCUCCAUGGUGAUGUGUGUGACAUGUGUGGGCUUCAGGUGCUCCACCCCACUGACAACACCCAGCGGUCAGAGCACACGAAGGCGUGCAUUGAAGCCCACGAGAAAGACAUGGAGAUUUCAUUUGCCAUCCAACGCAGCAAGGACAUGAUGUGCGGUGUGUGUAUGGAGGUGGUGUUUGAGAAGGCCAACCCAAGUGAACGCCGUUUUGGCAUCCUCUCCAACUGCAGUCACUGCUACUGUCUAAAGUGCAUUCGCAAGUGGAGGAGUGCCAAGCAGUUUGAGAGCAAAAUCAUCAAGUCCUGUCCAGAGUGCCGAAUCACAUCCAACUUUGUCAUCCCAAGCGAGUACUGGGUGGAAGAUAAGGACGACAAACAGAAACUCAUCCAGAAAUACAAGGAUGGCAUGGGGACUAAACCAUGUCGAUACUUUGAUGAGGGUCGUGGAACCUGCCCUUUUGGCUCAAACUGCUUUUACAAGCACGCCUUUCCUGAUGGACGGCUGGAGGAAGCUCAGCCUCAGCGAAGACAAACCGGAUCCAACAGCAGGAACCGGAACUCGAGGCGAACGCCACUGUGGGACAUCUUCGACGAGCAGGAAAGCACCGACUCCUUUGACAACGAGGACGAGGAGAUGGUGACGUUUGAGCUGAGCGAGAUGCUUCUCAUGCUGCUCGCUGCAGGAACCGAUGAUGAGGUGACAGAUUCUGAGGAUGAAUGGGACUUGUUUCAUGAGGAGCUGGACGAUUUCUAUGAGAUUUACCUAUAGCAUCCCCCAUCCCCUCCCCUAACCCGAUUAAUGUAUACUAGACACUAGAAUGGACUGUCUUGUGUGAGUGAUGGACAGUAGCUUUCCCCUCCACCCUCUGUAUUGUGGCAGUGCCUUUAAGCAGGCCAUUAAUAAAUGAACUUAUAAAAGAUUAAAAAAAACAAAAAAAAAGGACAAAAAAAAAAAAAAAGACAAAAAAAUCCAACAAGUCAGUGCACUCGUGCUAAACAUUUUCUAAACAUCUAUCCUUGUGAGUCUUUCUUGUGCGGUUCAUGUUAAAAGGAAAAAUGAUAAGAAGAACUCAAUAUAAGAUUUAACAAGAAUUAUAACUUUCAUCAAAGAAUAAACAUUGUCAAGUUUAUUUGUGGGUGUGGGUUUGACUUGUUUCUCAUCAACCCAGGUGUUUGUACAUACUUCUGAGACUCUGAGGAUGCACUCAAACUUACUCAGCACCAUUUACUGUAAUCCUCACGGGCAUGUUGUAAGAUUUUACAGUUUUUGAAGGCCGGUACUUCUUUUUUGUUUUUGUUUUUUUCUUUUCCUUUAUCAAAGCAGCUGAUAGCCAAUUUAUUGUGCUGAUGUUUAAUAAAUUUACCAUCAUCAUUUUCAUGUUGUUCUGAAAAGUAUUUCUGUGCCCUCUAUAGUUUUAUAUUAUUUCUUUUCCUUAAAAGGCCUUUUCUUUUAGGGGGCAUUUGAAUCAUAAUGGAAGUCUGUUAGGUCAGACAAGGCAGCCAUCUUUGUUACCCUGAAACUUCACUAAGCAGCUCAUACAGUUCUUUACAGAAAGAAUGUAAAUAAAACCUGAGGUUGACAGUCUUCUUAGGGACUUGAAAGGUGGGAAAAAAACAAAGUCAGAGUCCAGAAGUCUACGACUUAGAAUUUCUUUUAAAGAUAAAGAUAAGAUAGAUAAAGAGACUUUAUUGUCAUUGUGCAGAAGUACAACGAAACUUGUGUGGAAGAACACGACAAUAGCAGUACAUUCAGCUGAAGGAAUGUAUCGAUCCAAAUAAGGCCCAGUGUGCUUCUGAGCUUGUAAAAUGAUGCUGAGUAGUCAUCUCCAAGCCUGUUUCAUACAACCUUCUGUAAACCUGUGGCAAAAACUGCGUGAGAAUUUCAAGUUGGCCAGUGUGUUAGAAAGACGUGGCCUAAGAAUAUGUGCACAAACCAAUACUCAGGUUAUACAAAGGCAGACAAAAAAAACAAACAUGUUCUUGGUUUUAAAAAUGAAAACACUUUUUCCUGGUCUUGGGGAAGGCUUUCUGUUGAUUUAAGUUGUGCAUAAAAGGUUUUAGGUUUUAAAUAUAAAUCUUUUCUGCACAUUUUCCAACUCCACAUGCUGAAUUUUCUCAGAAGGUUUAGAAAGGAAAGUCUACAGCCUAGACUCUGAAAUAAAAUUUCUCACAACGACGAACGUGAGCCCACAGAGGCCUGCUCACAAACUGUGCACUCGGUGCUUCCAGUGGUGGCUGUACUACUGAAACACAGUCUGAUCAGUUACAACAUGAACCCACCUGCCUCGUAUUGUGUAGGUUCUCCUCCCGCCACCAAAGCAGACCUGACCCAUCGUGGACAGGGGACCUCUGAUGGUCCCCUGUGGUGUCUUGCACUGUGGACCCUUUGGGUCCUUUUGGGUUUCGGUUUGGGCUCUCUGUGGAUAGAGCUCAUUUCAGCACAUCCUAUUCAUGCCCAUUCAAAUUGCAGUCUGAGGAGUUUGAAAGAUGGGCCAACACCUUAUAUUUUUUGGGGGGGUUCCUUGAACCAUUUUGUAGUGCAGCAGGGUGCACUGUCCUGCUAGGGGAGGACCUUUAGGUGAGUGGUGCAUAUUAAAUGCCAGUACCCAAAGUCUCCCAGCAGAACAUUGUGUUGCAACAAGAAGAUAAAUAUUAUUCACUGACCUGUCAGUGGUGAUAGUGUUGUGGCUGAUCGAUGUAUGUUUUAGCCACCAGCAGACUAAUCAUGUUAUGAGCUGCUCAGUAGCUGAAGUGUCUGAGUUACAGAGGUGAUGAUCUCAUACAAAAGUACUCCUAUAGUGAAGUAGUCUGGGAAACAAACUGCCUUUGAAAGAGGAUGAAUUUAAUGUACAAUUAUCAGGUUUCCAAAUGACCUGACUUUGAUCAGGGCUCUUCAUGCAGCUUGGUAUAAAAGUCCAACUGGCUCCAUACAUCAGCAAACUGCUUCAUCGAUCAAAUAAAGAAGACUGACCAAUUAAUUUGAAAUCUUUUCCCUUCCUCCAUCCUGAAUAUCAGCCUCGAGGGACACCUUUGGUACCAAAAGACAAAUCCUCCUCUGAACCAAGCGAAAGAGUCACCACAAAAGAUUCAAACGUCUUCAGCAGACUUAAAGUGCAGAGAAUCAUGGAGUGGAGAGACAUUUUGCGUCCUAUAACAAAUGCACAGUGUUAAGUGUACAUUCACUGUUCGCUGUUGGCUUCACUGAAUAUAGCAUUUUAAAGCUUUGCUGCUGAGAUGCUCAAACCACAGACUCCUGACAGCUGGUGCCAACCUGUUAACCUCCGUUGGAAUGCAUAUGUUUAUACUGAAAUGUGUGUUUUCUAUGUUCCACAGCUAUCCAUCUUAACUUGAAAUUAAAGUUUAUUAUCAAUCUCUGCAUUGCA